AUGAAGGUGAAGGUCCGGGAUAAGGAGGGUAUCCCCCCUGACCAACAGCGUCUCAUCUUUGCCGGCAAGCAACUCGAAGACGGAUGUACCCUUUCCGACUACAACAUUCAGAAGGAGUCCCUCCACCUCAUUCUCCGACCACAACAUCCAGAAGGAGACUACCCUUCACUUGGUCUUACAUCUCCACAUCGCACAGCGCCAGAACAAUGCUUAUUAUUUAUCAUACUUGCUUUCAAUCGGGAAGUCUACCGAGAUAUCAAUCCCGUCAUCCUUCAGGAAGAAGUGCGCCUCCCCCUACUUUCUCUAAUACCCUCAUCCUCUAUGGAUGCACUCAAGAGUAUGCUAUCCCCACUGGGGGUUGGCAGUGCUAACACAAUACAAGACACUCUUAAACUUGUUGUCAUUGGUGGGACUGUUGAAACGGCCAGAAGAGCCUCAGCAGGAGCAUGGCAUACUUUCCUUGACUCCUUCUUCUUGACGGCACACUUCAGCCAGGAAGACUAUCCGCUUAUGCACUGGCUUUCGAAGCGUCUCAUCUUCACCGGCAAGCAACUUGAGGAUGGACAUACCCUUUACGACUACAACAUUCAGAAGGAGUCCACCCUCCACCUUGUUCUCCGACCACAACAUCCAGAAGGAGUCUACCCUUCACUUGGUUUUGCAUCUCCGUGGAGGCAUGCAGAUCUUUGUCAAGAUGUGCACGGGCAAGACGAUCACAUUGGAGGUGGAGUCUUCUGA